AUGGAUAUCUCUAAUGUUAGCAUUCUUGAUUUACCUGACGAAAUAUUACUUACUAUUUUCAAGAAACUUAAUAAUAUUGAUCUAUUAUAUUCACUAAUGGGUAUUAGUCAAAAACUAGAUAGGUUUGCAUGCGAUUUUUACUUUACUAAAGAUGUUGACCUAACGACAGUAUCAUCAAAUGACACGAGCAAUUCGAGACUUAAUGUUAUGGUUGAUCGAUUUUGUACAUAUAUAUUACCUCGAAUUCAUAAUAACGUGGCAUGUUUAAGUGUUCAAGCGUCGUUGUUUCAGCGUAUUCUUCAUUCUAGCAACUAUCCUAACUUACGUAAGCUCACUCUCAUCAAUCUCGACAUCGAUACGGCUUCUCAUAUGUUUAAUAGUACGUUUGUUAAUUUUUUUGAUCGUCAAGUAGUAGUAGAACAAUUGUUUUCAUUUGUAUAUUUUUUAGAAAAAUCGCUUUUCAUUCGUUCCUACAAACAUCAAAUUUCGCAUCUAGUGGUGAAGAUCUGUGAUGGAUUUCGGUGUAGACCAAUAGAGAUCAUAAUAGCUCAAACUUAUGUUGCCAUUUUUACUUGGUUAUCAAAUAUACAGUAUUUGAAUUUAGAUGGUAUUGACGGUAAUCGCUACUCAAGACGAUUACUGCGUGGUUUAUCUUCUAUGAGAUGUUAUUCUUCCAGUGUCGCUCAUUUACGUAUUAGAAUACACAAUUUUGAUGACUGUCUCUGCUUACUCGAUGGUCGCCUUAGCCGAUUACAUACAUUAAUUGUCAAGCUUGAUUUUGUCCGUCAUUCAAGAAUAAUUAUAAAUAAUGAGAGCACUCUACGUAAACUGAAAUGUUUUUCGCCAUAUGUAAACCGUCCAACUGUUAGCUUUGACAAUGCACUUGUGCCGGUUCUAUGUCGAAUGUUAAAUAUGGAAAAGCUCACAUUAUCUUUUCGUGUUCGUCGCCGAAAUUCAUUUAUUGAUGGUAUCUAUCUCACUGAUCAAGCUAUCAAUUACAUGUCGCAUCUACACACAUUUAUAUUCGACAUCGCCAACGACAAUACAAUAAUUAAUGCACAUUCUAAGCCAUCUUCUGAUGAUAUCCGACGCACAUUCAUCGAACGUGGACAUCAUGUUGAUUGCUAUAUUGACUAUCAUACAGAUAAAAUAGGUCGGUGCCACGUUUAUUCACUCCCAUUCACUAUGGAACGUAUACAUUACAUUACAUCCAGGUUUCCAAGUGGUAUGUUUAUGAAUGUCCGUGUUUUACGUGUGUGCGACAUUGACCGCUCUUUUGAAAACACAUUCUUUGCUAAAAUCUCGUGUUCCUUUCCAUUACUCAGUGAGCUGACAGUAUCAAAUACAACAGAACGAUUAGAAAAACCAUCACAUCAGUGGGGAAAAUCCAAAGAAGCUUCCUCGAUUAUUGAAUAUUCUUGUCUUGUGAAACUUAUCGUUCUUGAUGUACAUAUAGACUACGUCGAACAAUUUCUUUCUAGCUUGAAUACACGCCUACCAUGUCUUAACAAACUUCACAUUCGAUAUGAACACUUAGCAACUGUCACAGAAAAUUUCACAAGAGAUGCAACGCGUAUCAACUGUGAAAAACUGAAAUGUAUUAUCUUCGAAUACGAUUUACAUUUAGUACAAUCGAGAGAUUUUUAUCUGUAUUUUCCUUUUUUGUAA